AUGGUGCGUCAGAACUCUGAUGACAUUAUUCUGCAUGCAUGUGUCGAUCGGCAUGCAGCACUGAGGCUGAACGGAUUCCCGUGCAAGAGGCACGAUAACGUGACGGCGAACGACUUCUUCUCCGGCCUGCUGGCGAAGCCCGGCAACACCGGCAACGCGGCGGGCUCGGCGGUGACGGCGGCGAACGUGGAGAGCUUCCCGGGGCUCAAUACCCUGGGCGUGUCCAUGGCGCGGAUCGACUUCGCGCCGUGGGGCGUGAACCGGCCGCACACCCACCCGCGCGCCACCGAGAUCAUCUUCGUCCUCCACGGCUCCCUCCACGUCGGCUUCAUCACCACCGCCAACAGGCUCUACGCCCGCACCGUCCGCAAGGGCGAGGUCUUCGUCUUCCCCGGCGGCCUCGUCCACUUCCAGAAGAACAACGGCCGCGCCCCCGCCGCGGUCGUCUCGGCCUUCAACAGCCAGCUGCCGGGCACGCAGGCCGUCGCCCAGACACUCUUCGGCGCCUCGCCGGCGGUGCCCACCGACGUGCUGGCCAGGGCGUUCCAGAUCGAUGCCGGCCUCGUGGAGGCCAUCAAGUCCAAGUUUCCACCCAUGUAGGCACUUACUACUGCCAUGCAGAUGGUGAUGAUUUCGUUCCGAUAGGGCUUGUGUCAAUAAUUGGUUGGGUUGUUUCGUGUGUGGUCAAGCAUGGCCUGGCCCUCAUGGGGGCCUCGACACUUCACUGUUGUUGCUCUUCAAUUUCGGCGUGAACCAUUUGUGUAAGGUGUGCUACAUACUACUCUAUCCAUCAACUCAAGAAAAUGAUGAA